AUGGCAUCAGCAAGGAAUCUAGUUGGUGAAACAGCAACAGGGAACGAGAAAGGGAGGGUGUUAACAAUGGGAGAUGAAGAGAAAGCUAAAGAGGACGAUUCACCUUCUGCUAAAAGGGCUAAAUUCGAGAGAUUUCCGUUGACAAGAUGGGAAUUAGCUGCUGCUCUUGGGGUCUUUUUUGUCUUUUCAGCUGGUUUGUUUUGUAUCUACUUGACAAUGCCUGCUGCUGAAUAUGGCAAGCUCAAGGUGCCUCGUACCGUUUCAGAUCUUCGCUUGCUUAAAGACAAUCUUGCAAUAUAUGCAAAUGAAUAUCCAGCACAAUUCAUUCUGGGCUACUGUUCUACUUAUAUCUUCAUGCAGACCUUUAUGAUUCCUGGGACAAUUUUCAUGUCAUUACUAGCUGGAGCUCUUUUUGGCGUUGUUAGGGGGCUUUUUUUAGUUGUCUUCAAUGCCACAGCUGGAGCCUCUUCCUGCUUUUUCUUGUCUAAGUUGAUUGGCAGGCCUCUUGUUAAUUGGUUGUGGCCUGAAAAGUUGAGAUUUUUUCAGGCAGAGAUUGCUAAGCGAAGGGACAAACUGUUGAAUUACAUGCUUUUCUUGAGAGUAACUCCAACAUUGCCCAAUCUUUUUAUCAAUUUGGCAUCUGCAAUCGUGGACAUACCGUUUCAUAUUUUCUUUUUGGCUACUUUACUGGGUCUUAUUCCUGCUUCCUAUAUCACUGUCAGGGCCGGCCUUGCUCUUGGGGAUCUCAAGUCAGUUAAGGAUCUGUAUGAUUUCAAAACAUUGUCUGUGCUCUUCCUUAUUGGGUCAAUUUCCAUAUUUCCUACCCUUCUAAAGAGAAAGCGAAUAUACGAGUGA